AAUGUCUUUAAUUUUAAUUCAAAUAUCUUAUGUACCAAAGAAAUAAUUUUUUUUAUAAAUAUUCUAGACUUUAAAAUGUCACAAAAACGGAGUGUUCCGUCACCAAUUAAAAGUAUAUUGGAUAUCGAUGUAAAACUUACUUCAGCUUUAUGUAACAUUGUUUCUAGAUUUUUGCCAAUUCGCCGUUUUUCAACUUACUACAAAGGUUUAGAGGUAAAAAUAAAAAACUAUAAAAUAUUUGUGUAUAAAAUUGUAAUAUUAAAUUUAUAAUGUUGAAUUCAAGUAUUCAUGUCAUGGAAUUCUAUGGUUUGCUGGUUGGAUGGCAUUUAUUUGGUGUGCUUGGUCACAACCUUUGUUUCAAAUGCAAAUCAACUUCCUUAUUGGCAAGUUAAACAUAUGUGAUUAUAUUUAUUUUAAAUGAUGUUUAGUACAAUUCCAUGUCAAUAAUUUCAGCGUUAAAUUAAAAUGUUUUAAAUAUGCAUUUAAAAUAUAAAAAAGUACAUCUUUGGGAUGAAAUAGUUGAUUAACUUUUAUUUUUAUAUUUUUUCAUUAAUUUAUUAAAUUGUCAUCUAUUAAAAGAUGAUAAGUUGUCAAAUUAAAUUCUAAGGCAAACAUGAAAAAACUACAUAAUCCUUAACUUAAAUUAAGCCUAUGUUAAAUUUUGUUUUAAUAAAUUUAAAUAAUAGAAUAUUUUAAAUCAUAUUAUCUUGUCCACUAUAUAAUACAUAAAAUGUACCUAUAGUCAUAUUGAUAGGUAUAUAUUUUCUAUAGUAAUAAUAACCUAUUUUUAAAAUUUUUUUAUUUAGGAUUACUCAUUGAUAUAUUUGCAGUUGCAAUUAUAAAAGCAUUUGUUCGUCGUCGUCGACCAGUAGGUAAUAAGAAUGAUCAAUGGAUUACAGUUGGUCCUGAUGUAUACUCGUUUCCAUCUGGACAUGUGUCGCGAGCAUUUUUCAUUGUGUUUUACUUUUUUAAAUUAUAUCCAUUAAAUGAAUUUAUGAUCCUCAUUCUAAGUAUCUGGGCAAUAGCUGUAGCUUUUAGUAGAAUAUUUUUAAGACGGCAUCAUUUGUUAGAUGUCAUUGCCGGAAGCAUAUUAGGAUAUUUGGUGACAUUGGGAACGAGUGUAAUUUGGAUUGACGAAAGUACAGCUGAGAAUAUUGUUUCAUAUAUAUCUGAUGAAAAAGUAGAAGGUGGAGAGUAUCAUGUAUGAAUUUAAUAAUUAUUUAUAUAUAUUUUUUAAAUUAAUUUAUAAAAAGACUGUUUAAAUGUUUUUGAAUUUAUAAUAACAUAUUAAAAAAAUAAUGGGUUUAAAAUAAAAUAAUAAUAAAUUAUGUAUUUUGUUAUAGUUCAAUACUUGUGAAUUAAUAUAACUUUUGUGGACAGAUUUAUCAAGGAUUCAAUCUGUAAAAAAAUAUACCUGUUUUAAUAUGUUAAUUAAAUUAAACUAAAUUAUAAUCAAAAUAACAAUGCAUUUUCACAUAUUUAUAUUUAUUAAUAGCUAUCCAUGUAAGCUACCUUGAUUAUGAGUUUUCUGCUUACACUUAAUCCAUCCAUAUUUAUUCAUAUAACUAUUUCACAGAUUCUUAACACAUCUCUUCAUGUCUUUAUUACAGUAGGGUCAUGGCUGAUAGAAUUAGAUAUCAAAUUGUAACUCACUACUAGUUGAUAACUUUUAUACAAGGUGUGAAACACUAGUCUUCUAGUGAGUUGUUCUAAGAAGGGUGGGUUCAGUAACAAUAAUGCAUUGGACGAGGAGUGGUAUAUAUUCACAUUUAAAGUUCUAAGGCAUACCUUUUAAAAGCCAAUCAUCACAUAACAUGCAUUUAGGAAUCCUUAAAUACACCCACAGGUCGUGUUCCUGAUAAGAAAUCAAUUCCUUUAUAUCUGGGCAGCUUAAGACUAAUCUGUGAUGUGUAGAAUAUAUGACUGGUGCAAAGUAUACUAGCCUGAUUUACCCCUAUGUGGUUUCAUUAUCAUAAAUUAAAAUUUGUUUUUCUUAACACGGAAAAAGAAUUAAAACUUAUACCUCCUAUACUGUUUGUGUUAUUCAAAUUUAAAAUAAGGUAGUUUACCUGGUGCACUUAUAUGUAUACAAACCUGUAUAUAUAUAUAGGUAUAACAAAACUAUUUAAUAAAUGUAAUAACUUUUUCUGAACAGAGCAAAGAAUGUAUUGGUUUUAAUGUUUAUUUUUUUUUUAUCUAUGAAUAACUUUUCCAUUACAAAUUUUAUUUAGAUUUUCAAGUAUAGCACUUUUUCUAAAAGGAAAUUUGAUUAGGGUGGUACUUUAACGGAGGUAAUUUUUUUAAUUUUCUCUAGUUUUCAUAAUUGGGAAAAUAUACAGAGUGUUAUAGCCUUUCCAAACAUGUAUAAUUGAACUCUACUCAGAAUCGUUUUUUGUUAGAACUGAUUAAUCUUUACAUACAUUCAAAUAAAUUUUAACUUUGCAAACUUCUCACCUAUAAUAGUAGCUCAACCAUUGUGCGAAAUAUAUCCAUAAGGGUUUUUUUUUUUUGUAAUGAAUACGAGAGCUAUGUAAAAUAAUUUUUUUAUUAAUUUUAGUACUUAAAAACUAAAAAUUUAAUUUUUUAAGUUUAAAACUUUUGAAUUUACAAAAUAGUAUGAUGAAAUUUAAAUUCCUAAACAAUAAAAUUUAACUAAAAAAUAUUUAUUUGUUAAAUAGUUCUGUCACACCUGUAAACAUUUUUUAGUUUAUUUACUUAUUAAAUUCAUUGAAUAUUAAUAUAUAAUAUAUACUAAUGUGUUACUUUAUAAUUGUGCUCAUACAAAAUAAUAAGAAUAAUUAUAUAUCAAAACCCCCUCAAUGUGUACUCUUUUAUCUUAUAAACUAUUGAAACAACACCCAUUACUUAUUUAUCCUCUUUAGUAGCUCCACUUAUUCAAUUCAUCUGUGCUACACUCAAAUUCUGUUCUACAAUAAUAUUAAUCUGUGCUACACUCAUAUUUUGUUCUACAAUAAUAUUAUUCUGCUUAUAGUAUUUAGAUAUACAUAUAAAUAUAUAUAUUGGUUUACUUAUAAUAUAUUAGUUUGAAUUAGACCCGUUCACAUUCGGGGAAAAAGCAAAUGAAAAUGAUACAAGCCCACAGCAACAUAAACUUUAGAUAAAAACACAAGCUAAAUGGUAUGUAUUAUUGAUAAAUUAUGGGUGAGUAAUAACAUUAAUUUUAAUACUUGAAUAAUUUUUCAUAAUUCAAUUUUUAAUAUACAAUAUUUUGCUAACAAAAUAUAGAAUAAUUUAAUAAAAUACUACAUUUUUAUAAUAGUAAUAGUAAUUUUGAAUACUGCAAUAUUAUAAAUUAAAUAAUUAAGGACAGUUAUUUUGAAUAGAGUGAAUUGGUUUUUAUUAUGUCAUGUUACCCUAAAAUACUGAUUAUAUAAAUAUUACUCAUCUUAAAAUAUUAAGUUUGUUCUUGAUCAAUACACAUAAUAUAUGUUACACAUUUAAAUUUAUUAAUUUGUAUUUAAUGUACAAGCAAUAAAUUCAAUAUCUUAGUCACUAUUUAUUAUGUUUAUAAAAAAAAUAUAUAUACGAUUGUUGUUAAAAAAAAAAAAUCAUUGUUUAGGAACAUUAGUGUAUAAGGUACAAUAGAUUCUAUUAAAUUGUAAUAUUGCAAAAAAAAGUUUUAUUACAAUAUUAAUAGUACCUGAAUAUUGUGAUUAAUAGUUGAUUUUUAAAAAUAUAUUCUGUUGAAGUAAGUUCACGAGUACAAAAUAACAAAGAGCCCUAAUUCAUUAUUUAAUACAAAAGCAUUUUACAAUAAAAUACAUAUUCAGCCUUCAAAAGUGAAACACAUUUUUAAAACUCUGAUUUGAACAUCAUUAUAAGUUUAUGAUAUUAGUUAGAGAAACAAUUUUUUUUUUUUUUAUGAAAAAUGUCCAUAUUUAACGUGUUAAUAGUGUAAUUAUAAUAUGCAAUAAUUUAUAUUAGUUACCAUUAUAACUAAAGACCAUUAAAAUUUUACAAUAUAUGAUUAUAGUGCAAUUUAUUUUAUAAUGUUUCAAGUAGGAAUGAAUUGUGAAUUGUUAUUACAUUUUUUUUUUUUUUUUAGUACUGCUUUAGUGUUAUACUUAUAUUUAGGAUUAGUAUAAAUUAACAACAGUACAUACAAUACUGGUAUACAUCAUUUCUUACAAAUAAAUAGCUACCACCCGUUAAAAUAGGUGAAAUAAAAACAGAUUACCAUAACUGAGUGUGGAAAUUCUUGAGAUCUAAUUUUGGAUGCGCAUGGCUUGAUUGAUGCCCAUUGCUUUCAUCUGAAACAUGGUGGUGUUGUUCAUUCUUAUGCUGUGCAUUUUCUUUUUCAUGAUGUUCGACUCUAAAAUUAAU